AUGGCCGACGAUGUGGCAACAGCAAAAGCCGUCGCUGCUGCGAGUUGCAUAUCGAAGACUGGAGGUUCAGGAUACGUCGAGGCUUGCCAGACGGAGACGAAGGUGUUUAGCAAUCGCGAAGCCAGGAACUUUGCGAGAAAGACCACAGCCAACUACCUGCUUAGCAUCAGCGAGGAUGCUUGCUUUGUUUCACACGCGCGAGAAAGCCUAAACGUUCGGGAGUGGCCGCUGCUGGCAAACUUGCGCGCCGGUGCGUGGUAUGCACCAACAGAUUCCGUGGAUGCCACCUGCUACUUCAAAUCAAUGGAUGGUCACAGGAAUCAGUGGGACUUCAGCAUCGGCCGCUUGAACCUUCGCGUUGCGCACAUGGCAGCAGACUCUGGCGGAGUCGUCCUGGUCGACUGCACCGGAAAUCGAAGGAAGACCUUCCCGGACUCCUUGAGCAAAACAGUACCCAUCUGGACCGCAGUGCUGCAAAGCAUGGUGGCCACAUUGAAGGUGCCAGGCAUGGGUGCCGAAACAUUCCCAGACCCAGAUGCCUUUCUUCACUUACGCACUGCGGAAGCAGAACGGCCUGACAUCUCGAAGCUCCUGCCAGAGUGGAUCGAGAAGCUUCGCAAGAAUCUUCCAGAAGCAGAAGCUAUGGAGCUGGCAGCUGCUCUGAAGGGCCGAAAGCUUCGACCAUUCUGGGUUUGCCCAACAGACGACUUGAACAAGCUGAAAGAUGAACUCGAUGCUCUGAAAGAGGAGCAUGCCGUAGUUUUGUGCGUGUCGGCGUCGAAGGUGGCAGGGAGCACCACUUACAUCCAGGGAGCGGGCGAUGACGAGGAGGCCUGGGCUCGGCAGCUGGGCCUCAGCCCGGCGCGCUUCUGGCGCCACGCGGAGGAGCUUCUGGAGCUGGCGCGAAGCACGCCUCAGGAGGUGGAUGCUGCCGUCAAGGCUCUACCGGCAUUGGAUCAAAUCCAGGACCUGCCGAUGCAGGACACAGGCAAAGUUCCUGUGGAGGUCCAAGUGGCCUCCCUAUCCUUCAUCGGUGGCACAGGGCUCGCCGUGGGCAACUUUGCAUCCGCAGCUCCACCCGGAGUCUGGGACUCUGUCGACGCGGUGCUGAAUUGCGGAGGCGAAGAACAUCCGGAGAUGAAAGGUGAUCCUCGGUACCUGCACUUGCCUGCAGCUGAUGAGAAGAAGCACGAUCCGACCAAGCGCUGGUGGCAGGAAGUGCUGCUGCCCCGGGCGCUCAGCUUCAUCGCGAGGGGCCUGCAGCGAGGGGAGAAGGUACUGAUACACUGCAGCCGGGGAGACAACAGAUGCCCUGCGGUUGCAGCUGCAGCGUUAGCGGCUUUCUUCGGGCCUGGCGGGACUGGCUCCUUCCAUCUCGCAAAGCUCAGGCUGGAGAAGGCAGACUUGCGCAGGUGCUUGGUCAUGGUUCAGUGUUAUCAUCCCGACUGCAUGGUGCCCAGACGCAUCAUGCAGUUCUUGAACUUGUUCUUCGUCACCGAGGAUGGUGGCUGGUCAAGCUGGCAAAGUCAGCCCCAGACCGAGCAGGAGCCGAUGGAUGUGCAGGCGAGCCGCCCGAGCCGCCCCCCGCUUGCAGUUUCGACGCAGAGACCUGCUGCUGACGAGGUGCUUACGGACCAAGGCUUCGCACUGUACAUCAGUGGUGCCUUUUUCGCCCAGAGCUUGCCGUUGCUGAGGCAACUUGGAGUAAGUCACAUCGUCAAUGUCACCAAGGCCCCGAACGCUUUUGAAGGCAAGUUCACGUACCAUCAAGUUGCAAUCGAGGACGAUCGAUCCAGCAAUCUCCUCCAAGUUCUAGAUGCAGCGUUGGCAUUCAUCCACGGUGCCCGGACACAGAGUUGCAACCGUUGCGUCCUGGUGCACUGUCGCGAAGGUGUUUCCAGGUCAGUAUCAGUUGUCCUGGCAUAUCUGAUGAGGUUUGAGCAGCUCUCUCUAAGGCUGGGUUUCUCCAGCAGCUGA